GUGAGCGCCUGGGUCAGGGUUUAACACCAGUAACAAGUUGCAGAAUUGCUGGAGAGGCUGAGCUAUGAAUUCACUGGAGCAGGCCGAAGAUCUCAAAGCCUUUGAAAGAAGACUCACAGAAUACGUUUCCUGUUUACAGCCUGCCACAGGUCGCUGGCGGAUGAUUCUUAUAGUGGUUUCUGUUUGCACGGCUACUGGAGCUUGGAACUGGUUAAUAGAUCCUGAGACACAGAAGGUAUCCUUCUUCACAUCUCUAUGGAAUCAUCCGUUUUUCACGAUUAGCUGCAUAACUCUGAUAGGCUUGUUCUUCGCUGGAAUACACAAGCGAGUCGUGGCACCAUCAAUAAUAGCAGCCCGGUGUCGGACGGUACUAGCAGAGUACAAUAUGUCAUGUGAUGAUACUGGAAAACUCAUCUUGAAGCCCAGGCCUCAUGUCCAAUAGCACACGUCAUUCAACAACGCUUGCUGCAAGAAGAUAAAUCUGUUAAACUUU